UUUAUUUUAAUAAGAACCUUUAUUAUUUUGAUUGUUUCCUUGAAAAGAAUAUUUAAUGUGUAUUGGACGACUUGUUUUUUUUCCUUUAUUUACUUGUUUUCUCUUAAACCAUGUAGAGUAUAUUAGGUACACAUAAUGAUAAUAUGUUAGUAUAGUUUUUUUUACAACUUUUGAGAUGUGCUUUGUCUAUUAAUAUAUGAAUUUUCUCAUUUAAAACAAGUUUUUAAGCUGAUUAGGUGACAUGCGUAUAAACCGUAAAGUGGCGCGCAAUCGCAGAAGCGAAGAUGGGGCCAACCGGGCGCUACUCUCGGAUGUCCAAUCCUGCCAAUGAACGCUCAGUCUAUUUCAGUCAUCGGUGCAGUCAUACUUUCCCGAAAUAAUCUAUCUUUUCAGUAGUUUGGAAGGUUUCUUCUCUUCCUAACUUCCUUCUUUUGGUUUAGAUUCUAAUAUCUGUCUUGUUUUCGGGAUCCAUCUUUAUGCUAUUAAAUUUUAAAUUUAUUUUUAAUUUUUACACAUAGACCUUGAAUUUACUAAAAACUGUUCAAAUCAAGACUAAUACUUAACAAAAAUAAUGUGGAACUUAUAAUGGUGAGUUUUGAUUUUUAAAUGCGUAGGUUAUAAUUACUGUCAAUUUGCAUUUUGUUGUUAACUUCAAAACAACUUGUUGCUUCACUUGUUACCUUUUACUAUGGGAAAGGUUACUGUCUUGGCUAUUUACGUUUGAUUCUUGUUACUUUGCCGCUUUGUAAAAAAUCUUUCUUUAUGUAUUUUUUUCUUAUCAAUGGAAAAUGAUUAUGGUAGGUUGAUUAUUUUUUUCAUUUAGGUUUUCUUUUUUACCUGAAAAGUUGUGAUGAACAUUGAACAUCUUUGAUACUGCUGCAAAUAAUUACUGAAAAUAAAUGUAUAAUAACAACUUUCCAAUAAGUGACUUAGGUCUGUAAAGUGUGAACUUUUUUGGUGCAUGGUUUGCCUCAAAUUUCUGUUGUCAGAAACUUUUGUGCAUGCUUGGGAUAUUUAUGAGGUCUUGAUUUACUUUUAAAAAUCAUAAAGCUGAUAACUGUCAUUCAGCCCUUAUCAUAAUCAUUAAUUCGGUUAUUUUGACUUUGCUAAUAUUUUUCUUAUACUUUCUUCUGUAUGUUACUAACUUUUAACAAUUGCUUAUAUGAGUUGGUUUUACAGUAUGCAAUGAAUGAAUCAGAUUCAGUUGUGUUUGAUUUGAAUGUGGCUUACAUUGUGCCUAAUGUAAGAAUUGGAUGGUUAGAGGGUUUGUCAACUUCACUUCAAUAUUUCAGAAUUUGGAUAUAAUCUAAGCAGAAUGGAUGGCCAAAAUGGGGAUGACAACAACUCUUCGAUAAAUAUAAGUGAUGUCAUUGAGGUGAUAGAAACAGACCCAACUUUUGUUUCAAUGCCGCUAAGAAGACCAAGUUCCGAAAAUACCUAUGUAAGAAUUGUUGAACAGCCUGCUUCAAAAGCAUUAAGGUUUCGUUAUGAAUGUGAAGGAAGAUCAGCCGGAAGUCUUCCAGGAGUUCAUUCAACUCCGGAGAUUGUUGGUUAUCAAGGACGAGCAGUAGUAGUGGUUUCAUGCGUGACAAAGGAUGAACCAUAUAGGCCUCAUCCACAUAAUCUUGUGGGAAAAGAAGGAUGCAAAAAAGGAGUUUGUACUGUAGAAGUGGGUGGUGAAACAAUGACCGCCACUUUUGCUAACCUUGGAAUUCAGUGUGUUAAGAAGAAAGAUAUUGAGGAAGCCCUUAAGGUCAGAGAAGAAAUGCGAGUGGAUCCAUUUAAGACGGGUUUCGCUCAUAAAACACAAGCAAGUGGAAUAGACCUGAAUUCAGUGAGGUUAUGUUUUCAAGCAUUUUUAGAAGGCCCUCAACGAGGAAAAUUUACGAGAGCACUACCUCCUGUUGUCUCAGACCCUAUCUACGAUAAAAAAGACAUAUCUGUACGGUUUUUCGAAAUAAGAGAUGGUAAAUUGUUUUGGGAAGGCUAUGGCGACUUCACGCCAACUCAGGUGCAUAAGCAGACCGCUAUUGCAUUUCGUACCCCUCGGUAUAAGACUCUUGAGAUCGAUCAUCCGGUCCAGGCUUCCAUUCAACUUCGCAGACCUUCAGAUGGCGCUACAAGUGAUGCAAAGCCAUUUCAAAUCACCCCCCUCUCAGGUAGGCCUUUCUUCUGGUCUUUACGUCGCAAUAAAGCCAACUACCUUAAUUUCCAUGACAUAAUGCAGCAUGGAGGAAAAGAGCAAGUUGAAGUCGAAAAUGACAAUAAUAACAAUAACAAUACUAUUGUAAAUGAGGAUCUUAAUGACUGUGUUAUGAAGCAACAAGAUGAAAAUUGUUCUGAAGCUAAAAGCGAUCCGAUGAAAAAUGUUAUCGUUCUUCCCGAUGCUUCGAUAGAUGAUGUUGAAAAUGAAGUUAAUGGUAAUUUUGAUGAGUUUCUGGAUCACGUUAAAUCUCUUGAAAACAUGUAUCCUGAUAAUAAUAAUGAAGCGGAAUUUGGUAUAUAUUCGAGCCUGCAACUGGCUAUGAAAGAUCCUUGUGAUAUGUUAGAUACACCAACUGCUGAAGGGUAUGAGGAUAUUGCUCCUCCGAGACCUUUAAAAAUGUCAUCUAUGAAAGAGACUGAAGAGGUUCCUCCACUACCUCCGAAACGAGCCAAGAAAUCUCCUGCUCUUCCACCCCCUCCACAUAAAAAUAAACUUAACUUGUUUCAAAAACUUUUUUCUUCUACCACAAAAAGAAAGAAGAAACAAAGAGAAUCAUCCCGUGAGGGAAGUGUUGCCUCUAGGAUUAGUGAAAGAUCUCAUUCACUAGCCCCUAGCAGGGGCGAUGUGGAUCUUACUGAGGCGGAGCAUUAUGCAUUAUAUACAUCUCUCGCACCGCAUCCUGCUGCGUUAAAAAGGAAAAGGCAAAAGCUAAGUAACGAGAGUGAUGUAAGGAAAAUUAAUGAAUUGGGACAGAGGAGAAGCAGUACCAGCCCUAACCCUUCUUACAUGGCACUCGCGUCUCAGCAGAUGGUAAAGCUCUCUCCUAUCUACUAUACUUCGAGGACACCUUCCCCUGGUACGGACCAUUACCACCAACAACAUUACGAAAUGCCAGGAGCGUCCGCUUCGUUCCCUGCUGUCAAUGCCGCCAACGCUUUGCCUGUCUAUCCUCCUUACAGCAUCAAAGUAGAACAGGAGCAGCCGCACUUACAGCCGCUGCACCAACAGCAGCCACACUCACAACAGGCACAGCCACAGCUCCUAUCGGAGGCCACUAACAUUCUCAACAUGGAUACUCAUGAGUUCAGUUUGGAACUGAACUUAAAUAGACUCGAUUCGAGAGAUCUAGCAGAGCUGAGCCUGCUGGAUGACGGCACUUUGUCGAAUUCACUUUCUUCAUCUCUUAUAUUGGGAGACCAGAACCAUCAGGCCAACAACAAUACGGACAGCCUUACAAAUCUAGCUACCUCUGCUUAUAUUAAUUUGUGCAAUCAAUGAAUGAAAGUUGUUAAUUUUUAAAUGGGAUUUGUAAUCCUGAACAGAGUUUAUUCUUUAAUGUUGACACAAAAUAGCCAUAUUUAUGUCAUAUGUGAUAUUAUUAUGAUAUUGGCCUAUAAGAAUUUUAUUGUAGGUUUAUUUCCAGUUCAAAUAAUACUGUUAUAUCUGUAUAUGUUGUUAAUCUCGUAUUUUUAAGUUAGUAAUUAAUGUUUAUAGCCGAUAGUUAUAUGUCCAUUCCAAAUUAUUGAUCUUGGCCAAUGUUUAACAUGGUAUAGUUGAUUGUUAUUAAUAGGACUUUUAACUGUUUUUUUUUUCUUUAUUUAGCCAGUUUUGUAUUUUUAAAGUGGGGGAAAAAAGAGAAAAAAUAAUAUACAUAGACAUUUAAAAAAAAAAAAAACUGAUAUAUAUAUAUCAUAUUUUUAACAUUAAAAUAAAAUAGCAAUGUGGUCAGAGCAACUACUUUAUUUUUAUAUUGGUAAUUAAAAAGCUUUUCGUGAUAAAAGUACAUCAAGAGUCCAUUACAGAUUAGAAGAACUUUGAUUAAACUUUUACUUCACUCUUUAUAUAAAAAUGUCAUCAAUAGUCUUAUCACAGUAUCAGUAUCAGUAUCAGUCUAUUACAAUAAAUUCUGAGGAAAAUAAGUUUAAAUUUGAUGAAAACUUUUAAGCUUACUAUUAAUUUUUUUAAUAAUCUUUAGAAUAUAAAAAAAAGUAGUUCACUGUUGCUUUUGCUCGCUGCAGCUUAAGUGAUUUUUUUUUUUUUUUUAUUGAAUUUUCCCUGCAGCCAUUUAUUGCAGAUGUUACUAUGACCUACUCUGAGUUCCUCUGAGCUUAAUUUGACUCUUUAAAAUUUUAUUCAAAUGAAUCAAAAGUCAUUUGUUGUUAAAGUUGAUUUUUAGAUUAAACUUUUCAAAAGUUUUUUAUUAUUAUUGGUUAUUUCAAAACUGAAAUACAUCUAUUAUUUAAAAAAAAAAAAAUAUUUAUGUAUAAAUUUAAAUUAAUCAUGAUCUCUGUACUUAGAUUUAUUUAGCUGAUAAAUUUUUCAGAUGGAUUCAUACUUCUGACUUUUUUCUUAUCUUUUUUAUAAAAGAUGUUAUAUAUUUACCAGGUUAUAGUUUAUGAAGUUAAACAAUUCAUAUGUAGAGACUAAUUGAUCUCUAUUACAAGUUUUAGCUUGAUAUGUUGUUCAAUAUUUAUUUUAUUUUUCUCCCAAAAAACAGAGGCUAGAAUUUUAUUUCGUUAAAUCCUAAAUAUUGCAGGAUGAAGUGUUUAAAUUUGUGAUUAUUUUAAUGUUAAGUUACUAUAAAAUCAGAUCAAAGAAAAUUAAGAAAUUUUUUUACCUAAAUUAGUAAGAAAAAUGUAAAAUAAAACUUACUGACUGCAAUCAUCGUAAAAAUAUAGUUAAUAGUUACAUGGUGAAAAUAAAUAUGAUAAUUACAAUUCUAUAAUAAUUCAGUCUGUGCUCAUUAUUUUCUUCUUUCCACCCAAAUCUUAUCAGUCGGAAAAAAAAAAAAAUCAAAUAUUUUGUACAUCAUUUCAUGAUUUUUUUGUACAUAAAUUAUUAUUUUGAAAAUGUAUACCUCUUUUGUUCAAUCUUGAUAAUGUUUUGUAAAUAUUAUUUCUUUAUUCUUGUGCAAUUGAUUAUAUAGUGUAUUUGUAGUUUAUAAGAAAUACUUGAUUCAUUUCCUCUAAUUAAAAAUAUUUUUGUUCAUUUUAUUGUCUGUAUCACUCAAACUGGUUAGCAUAGUUUCUUAUUUAUGGCUGUAUAAAUGUUACCGUAUUGUACAAACAUAAAUGUUUUUCAAAUUCACAGUAACAGUUAAAUAAUAAUCGUUGAUCUUUAUUACGUUAUAAAAUAAUGUAUUUAUACAAUUUAUCUAUUAUACAAUUUAAUUAUAAUAUAUAUUUUCAAAUGUUAUAUGUAAUUGGUUAUUGUGAUACAGGAAUUUUAUAUGUGGCUCAUGACGAGUUUAGAUUUUAAAAAAAGUUAAGUUUAUUUUAUUUUAUUUGUAUUAUAUGAUAUUAAGAAUAAUUUCUAAAUACUCUUUAUUUUAUUUUUAAAAUUAUAAUGUGCAAUAUUGAUAUAUUUGUUUUAGAUUUUUCUCAAUUUUUUUUUUCAAGAUCAUUGUUAAAUAAUUAUAACUUUUUUUUAUGUUUAACCAAAGAAAUGUACAUUCCGGAAUUAUUAAAUAUCAAGUUUUUCACCAUAAGUUGAUAACAAAAUUUUAAAUGUCUUCUUUACGAACCCCUAAUAACAUUCCAAUUUUAAAUAUAUCCUGUAGUAUGUACAUUUUUGAUAGUUUAAAAUUUAGAUGUUUAUUUUAUUUUUUUGUUAAAUAUUUUCAGUUUUUACUAUAUUUUUUGUUGUAUUCCAUCUAUUAUAGAAUUUUCGUAGUCUUAUUUUUAUAUCAUGUUAAAAUUUGUAUUGUAUAAAUCUACUGUUUAUAUCUUAUAUAGACAUCACAGUUGACUGGCUUGUUAUUGAAAAUAAAAUGUUUAAUAUUAAUUUUUUCUUAAAAGAUAUGAUUGUUGAUAUUGUUGUUUUUUUAUUAGAAUAACUAGCUGUAUCCGGCCACGCGUUGCUGUGACUCAUUCUGGUUGAAUAGAAAAAGAAAUAAAAAAGAAGGCAGGUGUUUUAAAUAUAUUUUAUUUCACAAUACUUAUGGAUAUGUGAUAAUUUUUGUUGUUCCUUUCUUUGUAUAGAUAUAGAGAUUGUAUGGUUUUCCAACUCUAGAAUAUGAAACUUAUAAUUGUCUAUGGGAGAAACAAUCCGUCUCUUAAUCUCUGAAGAAAAAGUACUUAAUGUUUAUAACAUUAUAUCUGUGCACCAAAUUGUCCCGAUUUCAGUGAUUUUUUUUUAAUUUGUAGGAACUUGAGAAGCUUUCCAAAACAAAAGGCCGGAGAGUAAUAAAAUGUAUAUUCUGAAUCCGACAGAAACGUUAUGUCAAUAUUUCAAAGCAAUUGGUGAAGAAGUUUCAGAGAUUAGCGGUUUUGAACAAUCAAACAUUUUUAUUAAUAUAAAUGAAGGGAUAGAUAGGUGAUGGGUCGCCAUAGAAACCCAUUCACUCUAUUAGAAUUGUUUUACCUGCUUUUCACUAAAUGACUCAUGAUUUUCUCCUAAUUCAAUGUUUCUAUGACCAUUGGAAAGCUGAAUAAAUAAAGAAAAACUGCAAACACGCUUUUAUCUUUUAUUUCCAAGCCUAAUUUAUUUACGGUACUCUGAUUUGUACCAUUUCGUGCAUAUUAUAGGGUCCUAAAUGCAUGCUGAUUUUCAAGUAGAGCCAUGUCAAAGUUAUCAAAACUUUUGUGAUUUUUAGAGAAAAAAAAUUAAGGCCUUGAUGAAGAUUUAAAGCAAACAAUUUCUAUUUUUCGAUAGCAAUGAAAAUUCGUAUUUGAGGAUUUAUCGAAAUGCAAAACAUGAGUAUCAACUUUGUUUUUCCUUAAAAAAAAAAAAAUAUUUGAUCCACUUUGCUCUGGUACAAAUUGUUUCAUUUCGGAGAUAAUUUCUUUCGAUUUCAAUGUUUUUUUAUAAUUUGCAGGGACUUCAGGAAGCUUUCAAAUAAUCAAACAAAAAUUGUGUACUUUUUGAAUUAUUCGCAAAUAUAGUUUUGAAUCCAUCCUUCUAUAAUUUUUAUAUAAUAUAUAAUAAUUUUUUUUUUCAUACUCUUUCAGGAAAGGAUGUUAUAUACAUAAAUUGAAAGGGCUUCAGGGAGAAAAUUUUAUCCAAGUUUAAUUAAAAUCGUUACUGCCGUUUAGGCGCUACAGUCUAUAGCAACAUAUGUUUUUCGGCUACAUUUCCAAAAUGAAAGACCAGAGAUAAUUAAAUGUAUAUAAAAAACACUCCUGAAUCCGAUAUAAACGUCAAUAUUUCAAAGCAUUCGGUGAAGAUGUUUCGGAAAUUGGCGGUUUUGAACAAAUGAGUAAUUACGUUUCUUAUUAAUAUAGUUUAAUAUUAAGUACUAAAUUAAUCAAUAUUUUAAAAAUAAAUGCUUAAUGCCGGGCCAACCAGGACCAAAAUUAUGUUAAGCUUCUUAAAGGUUUUAUGAUAUAACUUAGAAUGAAGCUUGACUAACAUAUGACAAAAUAACAGAAAAUAUUACAUAACAGUAAUAAUGGAAUGUGACUGUUUAAUAUUGUACAAAACAAAACCUGGACUAAGCAUUUUUUUUUUCCAAAAUAGCAAGUAAUAAAGAGAAAAAAAAUAUAUCAAUCUUACAUUUGAUUGAUAAUAAACUAAAAUAAGAGCUACUAAUAAACGGAAAUAAAUUUAAGUUCUCUGAAAAAAUAAUGAAAUAUUGAAUAAAAUGCUAUGAUAUUUAUAUCUCUAUAAAACUGACCAAAAUUAAUUCAUCUAAAUCAGGGGUCUCCAAAAUACGGCCUGUGAAAGUUUCUUCGAUUACCUGAUAAAAUUUUAAAAACUGUUUAAAAUAUGAAAUUUAGCAAAUUAUUCUCACGAGGUUACUACAUUUAUUGUUUGUUUUUUUCUCUUAGAAAGCUCAUUUUCAAAGCUGAAGUGUCGUUUAUAAAGCAAGAUUUCUUUUUUUCACAACAAGCCAUGCUCCGCGGGACUUGGAUGUGGUCUCAAUGUGGCUAAAAAGUAAGGCAGACUUCCCAGUUCACGAAGCCCAUGGGCUUAAAACUUAAAACUUACACAUGUAUCGGUAGGGCUAUAAUGCACUUUAUAACAAUCGAGAAUAUAAACUACUACCAACCGUAUGUAUAUUUCUCAUUAGAAAAACUGAUUUCAUUUUUCUUUUAUUUUGAUUUUUAAAACUUUAAAAACUUAAUGGAAAUAAAACAAAACAAAGUUAUUAAUUAAAAGAAAUUAAUUGCUACAAGCGUUAACAAUAACUGAUUUUCUAAUUAAAUAAUUGUGAAUGUGUCCACAUAUAUUGGAUUGGCAUAAGUCCAUAAAACUGAUAUUUCAAGUUGCGCUAUCUGGUUCAUAGUAAAAAAAUUUUCAUCAGCUCCUGCCUCCUACAUUAAAUCAUAUUUUCGAAAUCAUUAUUUGGGUUAUAUUUUAUUAAUAAAUGGAUUGUUUAUUAUUACUACUUCAUGAGUAUUUAUUUCUACAUCAUCGUAUUGUAUAAAAUUCUUACAAUAAAUUUGAAUAUAAAUACUUAUAUACAUGGUUUUUAUAUUGAACAUAUUUCCCUAUAUUAGGUCAGAGAGCUCUCUAUCUCGGGUAAAAAAUGUUCUCAUUCUUACUCAUUAAAACUUAUUUUUCAUCACCUUCAUUAAGGCCGAACACCUUGUUCUGAUUUUUAACUAGCCAUACAUCAUCUAUGACUUUCUGAAAAAAA